GGAAAGUUCUCCAUGAAUGUACGUCACAAUGAUGAUGACAGACCAGAUUCCGCUGGACCUGCCGCCACCACUACUGAACGGGGAGGUGGCCAUGAUUCCGCACAUGAUUAAUGUUAAUGGGGAUGGAUCGCAACAGGUGAUCUUCGUGCAAGUCAACCCUGGAGAGACCUUCACUAUCAGAGCAGAGGAUGGAUCCCUGCAAUGCAUUCAAGGUAUGCUGGGCUUCCUGUUUCAUGCAGUUUAACUUGCAACAGGUUCCUCC